AUGUUAGAGAUUAACUUUAGUUGUAAUAAAAAAAUUGAAGAAAAUAUAAUACCUGUAUUACAAACAACCGUUCCAAUUUCAACUAAUAUUUCAACAUUAAAACCAAGUAAAUGGAAACAAAAUCAACUUGUUGUUAUACCAUCUAUAUGGAAAGAAAUUGAUUGGUUUAAUCGUUCAAGUUGGCCUCUUUGGUUACGUGAAGGACUUAAUUUAACUAAUAAUUCAUUACCAUCAUAUCAUGUUCAUUUAUAUCAACGUAUUGAUCCAAAUUCUACAUAUCCAUAUGAUUGGCCAUAUUGUCCUAAUGUACAUGAAGAAGCUGGUCUUUAUUUAAAAUUUAUCUAUGAAUAUUAUCAUGAUUUACCUGAUAAAAUGUUAUUUAUUCAGGGUGAUGUUCAUGUUCAUUCACCAUAUCCAAUUGAAACAGUUCAAUGUAUUCGUGAUGAUGUUCAUUAUGCAAGUAUCAAUUUUUUCUGGAAUAUUGAACGACCAUGGUCAUUUUGGCCACGUGAUCCUACUGAUAAUAUAGGAUUAAUGUAUAAAUGUGCUGUUCGUUUAUUACAUUUAUUUGGUUUUAAUGGCAGAGCUCAACUUAAUCCAGAAGGUAAAACACCUAGAGAUGAUAAUGUUGUUACAGCUAUAUGUUGUGCACAAUUUUAUGUAACAAAACAACGUAUUCAUCAUUAUACAUAUAAACAAUGGGCAUCACUUUAUCGUGCAAGUCUACAACCAUACUGUACAACUGAACUUGAUCGUGAAACACCAGGAAAAAAAGGUAUAAAAUGGUUUGGUGGAAGUUUUGAACAUCUUUGGCAUGUUAUUCUUGGUCUUUAUGCAACGGAUAUGCCAGCACAAAUACCCGGAACAAAUACUGAUCCAUGUCAUUUAUUUUAUCCGUCUUGUAAAGGAUCACCAUGUUCUGAUAAUUAA